AGACACUAAUGUUGUUCUCUGGCAAAAAGUAGUCUGCAACAAUCUGUCAUAUCUUUUGCAGAGCUGCAUAUCUGCUUACUGCAAGCAGAGUUAUGUAAGAAAUAACUUGUGAGUGUAGAUCUUUUUUAGAUGCAUAGAAGAAAGAUCCAGGACUUCAGCAUGUAGUACUAAUAGGCCAAAAUCAGAUUAACAGAAAGCUAAUUGACAGCAAAAAUACACACAUUCAACUAGAAGAAAAUGAAGACCUCAACUGCCUGCACUUCAGUAAAGGUAUAAAGCAGGAAAAAGGGGCUGACAAGAUAUUCGUCACCGUGCUUGUGCAUCUCUGGAGCUUCUUUUUCCUUUGCAGUGUAGCAGCUAACAGAGAAGAUGAAGAACUCUCUGCUUGCAGCUAUCAUUUUGUUUGCAGCAGAUUCCUUCAACUGUUUAAGCUGGGAUUUUCCAUUUUGCAAGCAGCUUCCAGAUUGGGACAAUGAAUUGGCCUGUUACAAAGAACUAAGUGAGGAUCUAACCUGUACCUGGCUGCCAGCACCCAGUGCUCCAAAUAUUAUUAAUUACACCUUAUUCUUAAAAUGGGAGAGAAUCACAAAACUUUUUAGAAGAAAUACAUCGUCACCUUCCAUCACAAUAGAACGGAAAAAUCUCUUCAUGAACCGUUCUGCAUCUAUCUGGAUAGCAGUGAACUAUGCCCAUGCCAGCUGCGUGAAAGGAAAGAACGUCUCAGUUAUACCAAGAAAAGCAGGGAAGUGUUUGACACCAUCUAACAUAAAAGCUCAUCAGAUCAUAAAGCAAUUGGUAAUAAAAUGGAACCUACCCACAACUCCUACAGAAUAUGAGUUGAGAUACAGAGAGGCACUGACAGAAGCCCCUCAGUGGACAAGGGUGCCCAUAGAAAGCAAUGCUGUCAACAUCACUGUUUCAAAUGCUACAUCUUCAUAUAUCAUUCAGCUCAGAUGUAUAACCAAGGAUGGUCUUCACUGUGUUUGCGUUUGGAGUAGAGAGAUUUUGGUCCCUCACAAGCUCAUGAACAAGCCAAGAAUAUCAUAUAAUGCAACUACAAAAAUACCACCAGGCAGAAGAAGUCUUCUCCUUAAGUGGGAGGUAAUGCAAAGUGAGAAUGCCAUUGGAUACUACAUUGAUAUUGAAAGAAUACCCAAUAGUUGCAUGGAUUCAUCAAAUCGCAUCAUUCUAAAGGACAGAAAAGUCCUUCUAAAUAUCUCUAUGGCUUACUAUAGGAUUAAUAUUUCUGCCUACAACAAAGCAGGACAAUCUCCACAAACCAUCUACAUUGUCCCAGAUUCCUCUGCAGCAGAUUUGCCUGGCCAAAUCAAUGUUGAACCUCAGGGAACUAAUGCAGUUGUCACCUGGAUUGCAAAAUACAGUCCAAAAUGUUUUGUGGUUGACUGGGGCACUCGUAAAGAGGAUAUGCGCAUGAAAAUAGUAGCUACGGCUGCUGGAAAUUUCACUUUAGACAAUAUUAAUCCAUAUAAAUUGUACAAACUCAUGGUGCAUGCAUCUGAUGUGUGUCAGUGUGAAAAUUUCAGCAGACAUGAAAAGAUUUUUGGAGUAACACACUUUUACUCAGUUGAAGGAGUUCCUAGGAUAGGACCCACUAAUAUAACAAUUCUAAAUAUCACAAAGCAUUCUGCAUUUGUGAAGUGGUCUGAAAUAUCUGCCGAAGACUCUAUGGGCUUUCUCCAGGGAUACAAAAUCAACUACAUAGAUUCAUCAAAGAAAAAGUUUCUGGCUGCUAGCAUCAACUCUUCUACUACAAGUUACCAUCUUACUGGACUUAAGGAAAAGACCGUCUACCGUGUACAGAUUUCAGGAUUCACUAAAGCUGGAGAAGGAUCACCAUCUUUAUCACAACCUUUCAGUACUCUAAAAUAUGAAAAAGGAGAAUUUGAAGGUUUAAUGACUGGCGUUUGUUUCAGCAUGAUGUUUGCUCUGGUUUUUGCACCUAUGACAUGUACUCUGAUGCUUAAGAGGUUGAAAAUAUCAUGCUGGUCCAGUGUACCAAAUCCAAGAAAGAGCAAUGCAAUCCAAGAUAUGAGUAAUUGGAAACCCAUUUCAAAAUCACUGCUUCAAACCCUGCCAGACAAUGAUACCACCAGCCUUUAUGUCAUAGAGCAUGAGGCAAAGGCUUCUUUGAAGCUAGAGCACUUUACGGAUGGCAUAGAAGACAGCAAGCACGGCAUCAGAGAGUCAGAAGAACCUAGCAGUAAUAUAGACAUAAAUAUAAUACAAAAAGAAAUCCCUGAAAAAACGGUUCCAAGUGAAAAAGAUGGAAUAAUUUCCAUUACAGUACCACUCUUGGGUGACUACACCAGCAUGGAGUGCAGCCAGAAAGCUCUGAUGAGUCUGACAGUGAAGCUGCCUGCAAGAGCUUCUCAUCCUUGCCUGGAAAUGGAACUUAGUAGUAAGCCAGCACAAACUGACCAUCAAGUUUUAUUUGCUCCCCAGGACUAUCUCAAACAAAGCCAAGUAGUAUUUUUGCCAUCUGGACCAACUUUGAUGGGAGAAGUAAAUAUGAACUGAGGAAUCUUAAAAAAUUCAACUUUCAAAACCUCAAGUGCAUGAAUGGAGGCAUUAGGACAUAGAAGACAGUGACCUUGUGACGAGGGCUGUGCUCUAGUUCAGUGAGCAUCCUUGGCAAAAUAGAUUUACUGUAUAACCAGAUUAGAUAUUUCACCAUGGUUAUUCUGUUGGAAAUCCUCAUCUUAACAUAGGCAAAUUUUUCAGAGAACUGUAUUAAAACCUUUCAGUAAGGUACAUCUCCUUGUUCAUUCCUCAGACUAAGGGCACUCAGAAAGCCAUUUCUAGUCUUCCAGUCUAAAAACAACAUUUUCUAGUCAUCAGAAGAGCUUGCUAGUUGGCGUGACCAGUGUAAGUUCUGAUUUUCAGGUGUAAAAAGACACAAAACCCACCUACCAUGACAAAGAAGCUCUCUAGUUAGUUGAAUGAACGAAAUAGUGAGAAGCCUUGAAUUUAGAAAUGGAAAAUAAUGCUUAUCCAUCUAUGGAAAGCACUUAAACUUAGAUAACAGUCCUGUUUAAGGAAAGAUGGUAACAAGUAUUAUUAUUACCGAAGUUUUACUUGCAUUAAGUUAAGGUUAUUUCUUCUUAUGUUCAUCUAUACAAACAGAAAUCCAUUUAUAUUCUUGUGCGAGAUGUAGUUGCAGAUACUAUUUCACCUUAUAUGCAAUAACAAAAUCUGACUAGCUGAAUAGCUAGUUCAUUUACUCAUUCCACAGGCUUUGCAUAGAGAUGAUGCCAUUGAAACAUACAUAUCAGCUAAAAGGAUCUCCUCUGUAUGACCUCUAUGUGACUACAUCAUGUACCUCCACGAUGCACUGAGUCUGAACUGGUUUUACAGCUUACAGUGGCUUCUCUCUCACCCAAAAACUCCAUAGACAUUAAUGGUUUGCACUUACUGUAGAAGUUUGUUACUGUCUUCUUUAUUCUGUGGAGCAUUUUAUUAAGAUUAUUUCAUGAAGAAAGAAGUUGAUCAACUUCUAAGCAUUGGAUGUUUCCUAGACUGACAUCUCUGACUAUAAGUGACAAGAAAAGAGUCUUCUAUGUGGAGAAUAUUUGAAGAGUAUACUUGCUAAACAGUCUCACCCAGUCAAAAAGGGAAAUGGACUAGGAGGCACUGAGUGUUGAGGUCUUCAGAUUAGAGGUAAUUGUCUAAAAAUAUGAGUGCAUAUAAAGAUGUUAAAAACCUGCAGAACACCGCCUCUAGUAACAUAUGUGCAAGGUAUUUCAUUUUAUUUGGAAUACUGCUGUUCAAAUGGUUUCAGCUAGUUAUACUCUGAAGUUAAGCUCAGUUGGUUUCAAUUAGGCUCUUCAGUAUUGUCAGGGUGUGUUACAUGAAAAGUGUAAUUGCAAACAAGGGGGGUCAGGACCAUAAAUGCCAAAGUAUUUUGAAUCUAUCUUGGGGUUUUUUAGGCAGCAUACAGUAAUUCCUCCAGAUGACCAGUGUUAGCAUUAGUGAGAGUCUAGAUACUAUAAAAGCUUAAACACUUGACUGCAGGCCUGGAGGCACAUAGGCACAGUGAUUCAUAGCAUGGGAUUAUAUACUGCAGGGUUAGAAGGAUCUAGCGCUUCUUAUUUACAGAGAAAUGAAUGUAAUAUCUAGUCUCUAAUAUGGCCUGUGUAUUGAGCAGUAGUGAAAGGUUUAAAAAAAAUCCAGCAUCACAGUACAAGACAAUAACAAAAAGGAAGAAAAAAUGGUGAAUGCUGGAGGUAAGUAAAUUCUCACAGUGUUGAUGUAACAAAGAGUAACAUCUGGCUAUGUGUCACCUCUUCGAUGGGUAAGAUAUGCACAAAGCCUAGAUAAGGCCUAUGGCUAAACAGCUGCUUAGCUGCCAGUUUUACAAUGCAUGAUGCCAGAGAAGGAGAGACAAAGGUGAAAACACAUUUCAUGACAAAACUGCUUUCACAUUCACAUUCUUGAAGAUAAGUUUUCAGUUCUCACAUUUUUCAGUUUUUCUCACAUUUCUAAAGUGUCUCAAAAGCUAGGUAACACAGAAAAAGAGAUUUGUGGAUGCCAAGUCAUGGCACAUUACUGAGUCAGCAGUGACACCAAAAAGGGUAUAGUUAUGGUAGUGAGUCAAUUAGCACCAGAAAACAGCAAAAUCAGUAUGAGAGUAAAUCCAUUUUUUCUUGCAUACUUUAAGGUAGUAUGAACACAGAGAUACAUUUUUCCACAUUUUUUUACACUUGAGGUGAGAUCAUAGUGCAAUAACUAGACGUCACUCAAAAACAUAACUGUAUUUUUCAGUGAUGGGAAAUAUAGCCACUCAGCCUGGAACAGCAGAUUGUGGCAACCGCAAUAUUCCAGAACUUUUUCCCCCUCUGUAUUAACUGUCAAAUAGAAUAAUAAGAACCACAGAAUGUCUAUAAAAAAACAAAGCUUUGUUGGUACUCUGACAACCUUAAAAGGAUCCUUACAGCACAGUGGCAUCUGCACUUGAACAUAGUCCUCUGAAGGCAGAGUACAGGAGAAGCCCAUCAACUUGAGUCAACUCCAACUACUGCUACAAAAAUUGUAAAGUAACAAACCAUUUAAUUAAAGCCUUCUAAUUACAAGAUACUUGUCUCAGAGCUUCUGGAUAUGUGUUGCAGGCUCUUGGUUUACUUAUUUUCCUCUUGCUCAAUGAUUUUUUUUUUCCUCAAAGAACUGUGUUUGCACUGCUUGAAUUAUAUUAACUGUGUUUUAGUUACUGUACUGGUGAGCUCUGUAAGAAAGUAGGUAAUAAAACUCAGGACUGUUUGCAUCA